AUGGGUAAAUCGAAGAAAAGAUCUAGAGCGUCAAAUGCUCGUGCUAACCCAUUGUUGAAAAAUGCAGCAAAAGAUGAUCAAAUUAGAACCAAAAGGAUUCAACCAUUGAUUGCACAACUCUCAAGUGUGAUUCCAAAUGACAGAUCCAUGGCCCUAGGGACCAUUUUAGUUUUAUGUGAGGAUCCUCACAUGAGAUCCCUUUUCCUCAAGGAAAAACUAGUUAAUGUGGUCACUUCUAAACUAUUGACGGAUUCUAAUACCGACAUUGUAGUCGAAGCUUAUGGUGUUUUAAGAAAUUUAGCAUUAGAGGAAGGAUAUGAUUUGGCAACGCAUGUUUGGAGGUCAAAUAUUUGGGUUAAUAUCGAAUCGGGCCUAUCGCAGGUUCAAGAUUCCUUCCAUUCGAUGGAAGCCGACGAAACUAAGUCGAAGAAAGAAUCUAAACGUUUACUUUUCGACUUCGCAGAAAAUGUUCUCUCACUACUUUUGGCUUUGAUGAAUGGAUCGGACGCUAUUCUGGAUGAAGUUAUCACUUCAGAUAAGCUAAAUAAAAUUUUCUUGACAAUCAGUGACAUCUUAAAAUAUGGUAUGGUAAUAUCUGAUAACCAGGUGACCCUCAAAAUCACAACACAACUUUUUAACACAAUCCUUGAUUUCAUUUACGAUGUUUCAAGUGACUCUGCUGAAUUCAUUGACAAGGUUUCGGAGCACGAAAAUCUAUCCCUGUUUGUUGAGAAUCUAAUAAACUGGCAAUUCACCAAUGAUAAUGAGCUAACCAAAGUUCUCAUUCAAGGUAUCUAUUUGCAGUUUAUGGACACUGAUAUCAGCUACCAGAUAGCAUCUUCCAUAAUAUCAACAGUCUUACAGUCUGUUCAGCAUAUUGAUCUAUCACAAGUAAAAAUGACACUUUCGAAUAAGACAGAGGACUCAGAACUUGAAAAGGCAAGUAAUGAUGAAAUUGCUAAGAAAAUGAAAGACUAUUCUAAGAAGAGAACGGAGGCUAUGGUCAAGUAUCAAAGUAUAGAAAUUGCUUUGGAUAUUGUUACUGCUUCCAUUGAGCUUGUCGCAUCCAAAUAUGAAGAAACUCAAAAGCCGCUUGACGAUGCCUUGGUUCAAGUUUUAACACAGGCGGUUCCUCAAGCAUUUUUCGCUUUAUACGAAGAGUUUACCUCAUCUGUUCUUAUUGGAUGGAAUAACCUCCUAUGGCUAUAUCUUUCUGUGGGUAUCAGUUUGUUCGAAUUAGGUGAUUGUUGGAAGCAAUUAUGGUCUUCAAUGCAAAACACUACAAACAAUGACGAAUUUUCCGUGAACAUUGGUAAACUCAGUGUUACCUGGGCGCUAUUAAAAAAUGUGCUUGCUGUUUUUGGAAGCUCUGGUGCUGGGCAAUUUUUCGAAAUCACUCAAAUUGAUAGCGAAGAUUUUGUUAAUUCUAUCAUUAAAUGCUUCAACAAUGUUGAGAAUCUUGAGGAUGAUGAAAUUAUACAACUACAGCAACGCUGUUGUGGUGUAUUGGGUGCUCUUGCCACAUUUUCUAACCAUAUUGAACUAAAUCGUUUAAUAGGAAACUUCUUCAUAUCUACACUGUCGAAUAAAGAAACAAAGGCAGCUGUGCUUAUUGACUUCAUGAACACCUUCUUUGAGAUAUACUCUGAUAUGAACUUUGAUUAUGAUGAGCCUGUAUUUAUUAAUAACAACUAUUUGACUCUUCUUCAAUCUCAAGUUAGCCCAAAUCUUAAGGCAGUGUUUAAGUUUGUUGACAAAAAUAAAAAUCCACAGCUUAAGGAGAGGUGUCAGGAUUGUUUUACAACUUUAGGUAGUUUCAUUGCAUACAAGCAAAAUGAACGCAGAUAG